AUGGCUUCGUCAUCUGCGGCAGCGGGGCUGCUGGCUCGUCAACUCAAGCAAAUGCAAAACGACAAGAGUAUAUCGGGCAUAAGCUGCGGUCUGGUGGACAACAAUGUGUUCGAGUGGGAGGUGAUGCUGAUGAUCGACGACGACACAAAGUUUUAUGGAGGAGGAUUCUUCCGCGCGCGCCUCACCUUCCCCAGCGAAUACCCGCUCCUCCCACCCAAGAUGCGCUUCGAGACACCCAUCUUCCACCCUAACAUCUACCAAAACGGCGAAGUAUGCAUCUCAAUCCUCCACCCACCCGAAGAAGACAAGUACGGCUACGAAUCCGCCGCAGAACGCUGGUCGCCCGUCCAAACGCCCGAAACGAUUCUUCUGUCAGUUAUUUCCAUGCUGUCCAGCCCGAACGACGAGAGUCCGGCGAAUGUGGAGGCGGCGAGCUUGUGGAGGGAUAAUACGCCCGAGUUUAAGAAGAGGGUAAGGAAAUGUGUGAGGGAUAGCUUGGAUUAUGAGUGA